AUGCUGCGAAGUACUUUGAUUGCUCGCAGUUCUAGUACUGCUAGCACUUCUAGUAGUUCUAGUGCUGCUAGUGUUUCUAGAACUGCUACUGCUGCUAAUACUGAUAGUGCUGCUAGUAGUUCUAGCACUUCUAGUGCUUCUAGUAGUUCUCGUACUGCUUUUAGUGCUUCUAAUACUGCUGCUAGAGCUGCUAGUACUUCUAGUAUUGCUAGUGCUCCUAAUACUGUUAGUGCUGCUAGUAGUUCUAGUAUUGCUAGUGUUCUAAUACUGCUAGAGCUGCUAGUAUUUCUAGUAUUGCUAGUGCUUCUAAUACUGCUAGAAUUGCUGUGUUCUAAUACUGCUAGAGCUGCUAGUAUUUCUAGUAUUGCUAGUGCUUCUAAUACUGCUAGAGUUGCUGGUAUUUCUAGUAUUGCUAGUGCUCCUAGUAGUUCUAGUAUUGCUAUUGUUUCUAAUACUGCUAGAGCUGCUAGUAUUUCUAGUAUCGCUAGUGCUCCUAGUAUUUCUAGUGCUCCUAGUAGUUCUCGUAUUGCUAUUGCUUCUAAUACUGCUAGAGCUGCUAGUAUUUCUAGUAUCGCUAGUGCUCCUAAUGGUGUUAGUGCUGCUAGUAGUUCUAGUAUUGCUAGUGUUCUAAUACUGCUAGAGCUAGUUGCUGGUAUUUCUAGUAUUGCUAGUGCUCCUAGUAGUUAUAGUAUUGCUAUUGUUUCUAAUACUGCUAGAGCUGCUAGUAUUUCUAGUAUCGCUAGUGCUCCUAGUAUUUCUAGUGCUCCUAGUAUUUCUAGUGCUCCUAGUAGUUCUCGUAUUUCUAUUGCUUCUAAUACUGCUAGAGCUGCUAGUACUUCUAGUAUUGCUGGUGCUCCUAAUGGUGUUAGUGCUGUUAGUAGUUCUAGUAUUACUAGUAGUUCUAGUAUUACUAGUGGUUUUAAUACUGCUAGUACUCCUAAUGAUGUUAGUGCUGCUAGUAGUUCUAGUAUUGCUAGUGCUUCUAAUGAUGUUAGUGCUGCUAGUAGUUCUAGUAUCGCUAGUUCUGCUAGUAGUUCUGUGGAGACAUUAGAUACUUCUCAAAUCAUUGGCAGAAGUGUAAGUGUUGAAACUGUGCGAAAUGUAAUUAAACAAGCUGGAUAUAAAAGUAGAAUUGCUAAAAAGAGACCAUUCAUCAGCUUUGACAGCCGUCGCACCGAACCAGAAAGCCAACAUCAUUUUGGAUCCGAAACUUUAUAUCUUGUAGUUAAACAUUGUGAUGGCUCCGUUAUGGUUUGUUAUGGUUUACUGCACAUUAAUCUAAAAGAAAGUGCUAAAAAGUUAGGUUUUGAUGGAAAUUUCAUAAUCCAGCAAGACAAUGACCCCAAACACACGGCUCAUAACAUCAAAAUGUCUUGUCUGUUUCAUUGUAAACAACAGUUAUACACACCACCACAGUCCCCAGACAUCAGUGUCAUAGCAAAUCUAUGA